UCUCACUGCAUACUUAACAAAUGUUUCCCAUCUGCUCUCACCAAUCCAGUUUCACAGCUCUUCUGGGAGAGAGGCUGAGUCAGCAUUAUCAUCUCUUGUUUUGUGCACAGAAAAACUGAGGCCCAGUUAAGAAAAAUGGCUUUCCUAAGUCACAGGGAAGUACUGACAAAGGUAUCCAUGACUCCAGCCCCCUUUCUCUGCCUCCUCCUACUUGCUGUUUUUUCUGUUCUUUCUCUUCCCUUUUCUUUUUAAUUCAACUACCCUGUCCUUGCUCCAAUCUACUUUGCAAGUUAUCCAAACAUUUGCUCCCUCCAGAAAUCUGCCAUUCUCAUAGCCACAGCUCCAUGUCACCAGAAACUCAGAAUAUUUACCUUGAACCAGCCCUUUCCUGGUUCCAGGAUGCAGGGAUUAACUUGAGGUGACGCUCUUGUCUCCAACUGGUCCCAGAUAAGGGUGGGGAUCAGCACUAUAAACACGUUUCCAUCCUUCCUUGCCACCCAGGCCCCAGUUAGCUUGGGCCACACCAGCUCAGGAUCAGCAUGGCCUUCCGUCUAUGGGUGGUCACCCUGGCCUUGGUUGCCCUCCUCGCUCUGGACACGGAGGUUCCAGUGUCAGCAAGAAAGCGCAUUUUCUCAAGAAUGCCCAUCUGUGAGCACAUGACAGAGCCUCCAAAUUGUUCCCAGACACCAAACCUCGUCUGUGGCACUGAUGGGGUCACAUACAACAGUGAAUGUCAUCUCUGCUUGACCCGAAUAGAAACCAAAAAGGAUAUCCAGAUCAUAAAGGAUGGCAAAUGCUGACCCUGAAGGAGCGCCUCAAGCCAGGAAGCUUCAAGCUGGAGAACAGUGAUGGGCAGGGAAGAGAUGUGACAUAAAAUAAAAGCUCCAGCCCAGCCCAGGGAA